CGAGGCAUCCGCGCAUCUUUUUUCUACCAUUAUUCUAUAAAAAAUUUGUUUUGCGUCAAAACGAUGGCAAAAGUACCAAAUAAAUGGCUAAAAACCACUUGCAGAGUGUGCGGCAAAUACGCCAGUUUCAAGAAAUCAUUCAAAAUAUUCGACAAAGUCAAUACAAAGCUGCUGAGCAACAUAGAAGCGCUCACUGGCCUCCAGUUGGAAAGCUAUAUGUGCCUGCCAGAGCUGAUGUGCGAGUGCUGCAAUAUUGAGUUGACCAGUGCUAUCCGGUUUCGCGAUCGAUGCAUCACGGCCCAACGGGAACUGCUCGCUGGAUUAACCAAACAGCAACUGGAGGAUAUUCCCGAGAAGUAUAAGGCCCUAAUAAUGGGCAUUGAGGCAAGGACGGAACCAGCGGAUGACCAGGACCAGGAGACCGAGGUUGACUCCGAACCCGACGCCGAGUGUGAAAUUGAGCCGUAUAACCAGCAGGUGGGGCAUUCAGAGAAUCAUUUUGUGAAAUUGGUACCGGAUAGUAGUGAUGAUGGUGGCACAAUCACCAAAGUCAAAUAUGAGAUUGCCCCGGAUAUGAGCGAUUUGAUCGAGGCUGAUCAUGAGGAUGACAAUGUGUCAAUGGUUGAGGACACUCAGUACGAAUGUCUCGUGCAAGACGACGAUGAUAAUGUUGUAAAAAUUGACAACAUAUCGGAUCAAUUGAAUGUGGCUGAUCCCAAUGAGAUGUAUCUGUAUGAUUCGGAUGAUGAGGUGGCCGUCCUGGACAAUGUACUCGACGAUGAAUAUGAGCUCGAGAAUGUUGUGAAAAAGUCCAGUCUGCCGCCAAAGCCAAAGAUAAAACCAGACGAUCCGCGACGCCGAGGAGCAGGCGGUGUCUACAUCUGUGAUCAAUGCGGCAACCACAUCAAGGGACGCAUGGCCUUCGAGCUACAUUGCCGUCGCCACCGUGGCGAGAAGGAGUUCCAGUGCGAAAUCUGUGAGAAAUGCUUUUGUACCACAUCGGAGCUCAAGCGGCACAUGCGCAAGCACACUGGUGAGCGACCAUUCGCCUGCCAGUAUUGCGGACGCUGCUUUUCCGACUACACGACGCGGGUCAAGCACGAGCGCACCCACACCAAUGAGCGCCCCUAUGCGUGUGGCACCUGUGGCAAGGCGUUCACCACAGGCUACAUACUUAAGAACCAUAUGUUGACACAUUCCGGCUUACGCUCUUAUAGAUGCGAGCUGUGCGAUAAGUCGUUUAUGCUUCCAACUCAUCUCAGCACUCAUAUGCGUACCGGCGUGCACAAGCGUACCUUGGAAAAGUAUCAACUGAAGCAGCAAAUGCAGCAUGAUCCGGCCCUUCAGCUCAAAUUGGAAAUGGAUGAGGAGAGCUUGCACAUUCAGGAUUUCCAGAAGCGGCUUCUGUCAGCCUUAUCUGAGAAGGAACUUCAGCAAGUAUCCGAGGAUUAUAGGGAAGCCGUAAAGGACUCUUCAGGCAAGAGAAACCACAAUGCAACUAAUAUAAAUCAACCGACGGCAGUUGAAGAGCUAAUCAUUAAACAAGAAGAACACGAAAUAUUUGUGGACGAAGAGGUUGAACUCCAAGGAUCCGAGUCCUCUGAGACAAUAGAGAAUACAUUUGAUGAAUACCAAUUUGCGAUUGACAACCAUGAUUAUGAAAAAUCGGUUGGGUAUAUACUUCCUGAUAAGGGAUCAGAUGAAGUGUUGGAGGUGUUGGACAGAGUAUUAAAAGUCGAUCCUGAUGAUAAACAGUUUGUUUGCAAUCGCUCUGAGCUGAAGCAUCACAUGUCAACACAUCCUGAUAAAUGUCGCUAUCCCUGCCAGUACUGUAAACGCUCUUUCAAGGACUGCGAUUCGCGGAUCAACCACGAACGCACCCACACCCAUGAGCGCCCCUAUCCAUGCGAAAUCUGCAGCAAGAAUUUCACCACAAAAUACGUACUUCAAAACCAUAUGUACGCAGAACUUUUGUUUGUUUAUCGAAUUGUUAUUAUUAUAAUGCUCAAAAACAUGUGCAGAGUAUGCGGCAGAUAUGCAGCCUACAAGAACUCGUUGAAAAUCUUUGAAAAUCAAGAUAUGCUGUGGAGCAUUCAAGUUCUCACGGGCUUAGUCUUGGAAAAUGCUGAAUGUUUGCCAAAACUGAUUUGUAUUUGCUGCCAGACAGAACUGCGCGAGGCAAUCAGAUUCAGCGAAAGAGUCAUUGCAGUUCAGAAGAGACUUCUUUCAGCGUUGACUGAGGAGCAACUUCUGCAAAUUUCCGAAGAGUAUAGAGAAGCCGUAAGGGACUCUUCGGGCAACUAUACCCAAAAUGUAACUAAAACGAAGCACAACUCAGAGGCACAAUCCGAAUCCACUACAAAUCUACCUGGGACAGACGAAGAGCUGAUCAUUACGGCGCAGCACGAAGAAAACGAAAUAAUCAUAGAGGAACAUGGCAAACAGGACGACUUAAUGGAGUAUGAUUUCAUCAUUGACGAUGAUAUAAGUCAACAGGCUGACCAGCAGGAAUCCCAGUCCCAGAACAUAUCUGAAGAACACCAAUUUGCUAUUACCAGCGAAGAUUAUGAAAAAUCUGUUGCCGAUGGUUAUAUCCUACCCGACAAGGGAUCAGAUGAAGAGUUUGAGGUGUUGGACAGAGUGUUAAACGACGAGAUUGCAACGGCCCAGAGUAUAGGCAAAAGGGUACCUGGGCGAAAGCGCAUCGCCAAUCUCAGAUACGUUUGUGAUGAAUGUGGCAAUCACAUAUCUGGUCGAAUGGCAUUUGAGCUCCAUUGUAGACGACAUCGGGGCGAUAAGCAAUACGAAUGCGACAUCUGCCAGGAUCGUUUCUGCACUGGCUCCGAGCUAAAGCGUCACAUGCGGAGACACACUGGGGAACGUCCAUUUGCCUGCCAGUACUGCGGACGCUGCUUCACGGACUACAGCACCCGGGUGAAGCACGAGCGGACACACACCAAUGAGCGACCCUAUGCCUGCCAGAACUGUGGCAAAGCCUUCACUACUGCCUAUAUACUGAAGAACCACAUGCUCAUCCAUUCCGGCGAGCGCGCAUUCAGCUGCGAGCUGUGCAAUAAAACUUUUAUUAGACAAACGCAUCUCGUUACGCAUUGUCGGUCGAGCGCUCAUAAGCGCAAUCUGGAGCGACAAAACCAGGAGAUAAAGAUUGAGAGCUGAAAUUCCUUCCAUGUGAAUUAAAUAUUAAAUUAUUUGCAUACAAUUGUUUUUGCUUAUUUAAUCUGGAAGCAAUCUAUUGGAAUGUUCAAUAAUGCGCUAGCAGAUUUCCUCAGUCAUUAGUGCUAUAUUAUGUUAUACAUGUAAAGAAGACCGAUUUAAAAAUUAAAUUUUACUAAAUCCAAAUA